AUGUCUAAAUCUGUAACAAAUUUUGCCUGUGUUAACGAUUAUGAAGAUUACGCCAGAAAGCAUUUGCCAAAUAUGUAUUUUGAUUACUUUUUUGAUGGAGCAGGGCAAGGGAAGACUUUAGAAUGGAACAAAACAGGUUUUAACAAAUACAGGAUCAGACCGAAAUAUAUGCGACCAGUAACCAACAGAAAUUUAUCCACAACUAUUUUGGGUAAGCCUGUGGCAUUUCCCAUAGGAAUAUCUCCUACAGCUUAUCAUAAGUUAGCCCAUAAAGAUGGGGAACCUGCUACUGCUAAAGCUGCUCAAGAUUUAGAAACUAUAUUCAUAUUGAGUUCCCAUUCCAAUUCUACCUUUGAAGAGGUGUCAAAAGUUGCACCCCAUGGAAGAAAAUGGUUACAACUGUACAUAUUUCAAAGCAGGGAAAUGACUAAAGACUUGGUAAAAUUAGCAGAGGAAAACGGAUUCGAAGCAUUGGUUCUAACCGUUGAUUUUACACUUUUUGGUAUACGUCGACAUCUCAUAAGGACAGAAUUUAUAAUGCCACCUUAUUCAAAAAGACUAGAUUGUCUAUGGAAGAAGAAAGCUCAACUUCUUACGUCGUUAGCUUUUCUAUCACGAUAUCCAUCAGAACAAGUCAAGCCAAUAGAAUAUAUACAUGCAUGA